AUGAGGUGCCAGGCUGUUUGCACACGACCGCAGAGAUUUGCCACAGGAAGUACAUACAUUAGAAGUUACAUUUUGAGAGAUACACCAUUUCUUUGGAGUGCGGACGGGUGUGUGGAUCGGGAUCCAGACAUCCUGCCUGGAUCCUGGCGAAGUGUCUUGCAUGCGGUGGGUGCGACCUGUUACAUCCAGAUGGUCGCAGUGCGGCGCACAUUCCCACACAAAACAUCUUGCAUGGAUCUGAUGCAGCUGCCUGGUGCAUGGCAGCAGGCGCCGCGCCUCGACCGUCUACGUGCGGCGUGCGUCCUCACACGUGGCGGUCCAUGUUGGCUGCUGUACGCGCCAUGUACGUUGUUCCUUCGCCCGCAUGUUCUAUGUACUGCGCGCCGUGCCCUGUUUGCUCCUAACGCUAGCCCGCCUGCAUCUCGCCCCAGUGUCUGUGCAGCAUGCUCCAACGCCUGCGCUGCCGCUACUUUUCAUCACUCACUCGAAUUCAAGGUCAAAAUCAGUGAACACCUCGCCGGGACUCAAGUCAUAGCCAUCGCCACUGAAGUCCAGCUCCGAGCCCUGCUGCCGUUUGCGCAUAGACGUGCGCCGUUCUGA